CUGCAGUGUGUUAUCUUUUCAAAUUUCAUAUCAUCAAAAUUCAAAGGACAAUACAUAUUAUUGACCAUUGGGUAAUAUGUCAUACACAAUCAAACUCUUCAAAAAUUGAAGUAUAAAUAUGACAGAAUUUUAUGAGCGGCAACAUAACAAAUCAAUGGCAUUGAGAAGAGAGGAUUAUAGGGGCCAUUAAAGCUCUUCCGCAUUACAAGGGUGGGAAGAACCAAGUGUUUUUUCAUGAUAGGUAAUCAUAAGCCCAUUACAUCUCUGUUAACAAUAACACAAGUAUAGGUCUUCGGACUAUUGUUCAUCUGAGGCUAAUAUUCAUCGAAAUAGACAGGCAGAUGUAUUUGUGCAAUAAUGAGUAAUCAGUGAGAUCUACCGAAUGAGACCUGUUUAAUCGGUUCUUAAUAGUGUUAGUGUUUAGUGUGUAAAAUUUUCAUAUUUCAUAUGUUUUUUUGCAGGAUUGAUAGUGAUACAUCGAGAGCAAGAGAUUGUGUGUAUCACUAUCAACAUUCAAUAGCAAUAGUAGAGGAAAUGCUCAAACAAAAAAUAGACGCCCGUGCAUCUCGCCGCUGCCCGAAAAAAUUCAUUCCAAGCUUCGCUCCUUUCUCUCCUAACACCACCGGAGCCGCUCCAUCUUUUCGGUGGUAUCUGAGGCCUGAGCAACAUGGCUAGUAAAGAUUCAAAACGUUCGAGUGCUAAGGGAAAAAAGGAAGUGAAGAAAGAGACUGGGUUAGGUCUUACUUACAAGAAAGAUGAAAACUUUGGAGAGUGGUAUUCCGAGGUGGUUGUUAAUGCUGAAAUGAUCGAGUAUUAUGACAUAUCUGGUUGUUACAUUGUGCGUCCAUGGGCAAUGUCAAUCUGGGAGAUUAUGCAAACCUUUUUUGACGCUGAAAUCAAGAAAAUGAACAUAAAAAACUGCUACUUCCCACUUUUUGUAACUCCGGGUGCUCUACAGAAAGAAAAGGACCACGUAGAAGGUUUUGCACCUGAGGUUGCUUGGGUUACAAAGUCAGGAGACUCUGACUUGGAAGUCCCUAUUGCAAUCCGUCCAACAAGUGAAACAAUUAUGUAUCCUUAUUUUUCAAAGUGGAUUAGAGGGCAUCGUGAUUUACCUUUGAGACUGAACCAAUGGUGCAAUGUUGUGCGCUGGGAGUUCAGCCACCCCACUCCUUUUAUCAGAAGCCGUGAAUUUCUUUGGCAAGAAGGCCACACUGCCUUUGCAACCAAUGAGGAGGCAGAUGCUGAGGUUCUUGAUAUUUUGGAAUUGUAUAGAAGGAUAUAUGAAGAAUUCUUGGCCAUUCCAGUCACCAAGGGAAAGAAAAGUGAGCUUGAGAAGUUUGCUGGUGGACUCUAUACAACAACUGUUGAGGCGUUUAUCCCCAACUCUGGACGUGGUAUACAAGGUGCCACUUCACAUUGUUUGGGACAGAAUUUUGCUAAGAUGUCAGAGAUAUUUUUUGAAAAUGAGAAGGGAGAAAAAGCUAUGGUCUGGCAGAAUUCAUGGGCAUACACUACUAGAACGAUUGGUGUAAUGGUCAUGGUUCACGGGGAUGAUAAGGGACUGGUUUUGCCGCCAAAAGUUGCAUCACUCCAAGUAAUUGUUAUUCCAGUGCCUUACAAGGAUGCUGACACACAAGGGAUCUUUGAUGCAUGUUCUUCAACUGUACAAAAGUUGCUGGAAUGUGGUAUACGCGUGGAAGCAGACAUCCGAGAUAACUAUUCCCCUGGGUGGAAAUAUUCUCACUGGGAAAUGAAAGGUGUUCCUCUUAGAAUUGAAAUAGGACCCAAAGACCUUGCUAAUAAACAGGUAAGAGUUGUAAGGCGUGACAACGGGGCUAAAAUUGAUAUUCCCAUGGAAAGCUUAGCUGGGGAUGUGAAAGUCAUGCUCGCUGCCAUUCAACAAAAUCUCUUUGAUGUUGCAAAACAAAAGAGAAAUGCAUGUGUCCAGGUUGCUAACACAUGGGAUGAAUUUGUGAAAGCUCUGAAUGACAAGAAGUUAGUCUUGGCUCCUUGGUGUGAUGAAAAGGAUGUUGAGAAAGAUGUGAAGGCACGGACGAAAGGAGAGAUGGGUGCAGCAAAGACACUCUGUUGUCCAUUUGAACAGCCUGAGCUUCCAGAAGGAACAUUGUGCUUCGCCUCGGGAAAACCUGCCAAGAUAUGGUCAUACUGGGGCCGGAGUUAUUGAUAUGAUGGUGCUGCAUAAAUUAAUUUAUACACAUAUUAGUAUCUCCCUAACUAGGAGGAUCCAUAUACUUUCUGAUGAUUUAUUUGUCCUAAUCUGUUAUUUCGGACUUGAUUACUGUUUAGAAAAAUACUGUUAGGAAAAAAUCAGCUGUAAAUAGGGGUGUACUGAACCGGGCCAAACCGGCCCGUGAACCAGACUGGCCCGCUACUGUACGGGCCCAGACCGGACCAGGACCGGAUGGCCGGUUCCGGGCUUUAGCCUGGGUUGGAUGGGCCUGGUGGGCUGGGCUCGGGCCCUGUUUUUCUUGAACUGGCCCAGGUGCCGGAUGGUCCGGUCUGAGCCCGGUUCAUUUUUUGUUUUUUCAAUUUUUUUUUCUUUUCCUUGGGUAGGGCUGGCUGUUUUGGGGAGGUUUAGGGCUGGGGGCUGGGGCCCUGGGGGGUCGGGGGUUAAUUAGAAAGCAAAAAAAAUUAUACAUUGGCUGGGCCGGGCCUCAGUUCUAUUUUUUUUUUUUGGCUUUUCCUAGUUAACCCCCAACCCUCCCCCUCACCCCCAAACCAACCCUAACCACCUCAAAUAAAUAAAUAAAUUAGCUCGGCCCGAACCGGUCGGGCCGGUUCACCUUUUGAAGGGUCCGAGCUUGAACCGCAAUCCCACCGGGCUGGGUGGCCUGAACCGGGCAACCAACCGGUUCAACAGGCCGGUCUGGGCCCGCACAGUAUCAGGCCGGUCCGGUUCCGGGCCGGUUGGCCUGGCCCGAGUCCACUCUUAAAAUUGUGCAUCACUUGUAGGUUUGAUGCAUUGAAUUCGACUUAUAAACAAUGUCUUGAAAGGUGUUGGGUGCUAGUUGGGUAUUAGCUUAAGUACAUUGGUGCCUUUGCGGACCCAUGUAAUGUAAAUUAGAAUGCAAUUUAGAUUCUUGCAUCUUAUCAACUAUACUUCUAUAGGUGUUACUCUUGUUUUUUG